UCUAGAAAGGUCUUCAGCCACUGGUGAUGAAACAGCAAGCUGCUUUUCAGUACAGGCCGUCACACCAUGGAAACAGAUUGCUCUAGAAUAGCUAUAUAACAUUGGUUCAUGAAACAGCGAUGAGAAAGCUACAGCUUCUGUCUGAAAAGCUUUGUCUCAAAGGUUCUUCAACAACACACCAGUGCCACAAACCAAGUUUAGAGCGAGUUCUCGUAAAAAAUGCCAAGAGCUGCUGCCAUCACACGCACUCAGCAGCAACAUCCCGCGCAACAAUGCCGCAAAUGACAGGCCAGCCGUCGCUUUGCCUCCAGGUGUUUCAAACAUGUGCAACACCAAGCGGAGGACCCAGACCGGGACGGGGCCGGAGAGCACCGGGAGCUACAUGAGGGGCGGAGAGAACGAAUGUGAGAAACCCACUCGGUCUGUAAAUGUGGAGACCCAAUGUGCGAGUGCCUCAGAGAGUAACACCUAUUCAUCAACAGUCAGUCAAGGUUAUGUUUUACCAGAAGGAAAAAUCAUGCCAAACACAGUCUUCGUUGGUGGAAUUGAUUUAAGGAUGAAAGAGGCAGAAAUUCGGACUGUCUUUGAACAAUAUGGUGCUGUGAAAGAGGUGAAAGUAAUCACUGACAGAACUGGUGUUUCGAAAGGAUAUGGAUUUGUGUCUUUCCUGGAGAAUGUGGAUGUUCAAAAAAUAGUAGAAACACAAAUCAACUUCCACGGCAAAAAGCUGAAACUGGGACCAGCGAUUAGGAAGCAACAAAACCUGAAACAAGCUUCUUCCAUACAUCCCAGACCGUUUGUCCUUGGUCCUUCUCCGCCACAGUUCUCUAAUGUAUGGAGUAGUCAGAAUACAGAGACGUAUUUUCAGCCUCCACCUAUAAUGAGCCCAGUAACACCGUAUGUUCAGCCAUAUCCAUACAGUUCAUCACCAACUGUACUGCUAAAGCAGCAAGUUCCCAUAGGAUAUCAACCGGCUUAUAACUAUCAGGGUCAACCACAGUGGGUUGCUGGGGAGCAAAGAAGUUAUGUUAUGCCUCCUGGUCUGGUUUAUGCAUCUGUAAACCAUCACUCUGAGGAUCCAGGAUUUAUACAGACGGAAUGUGCUGUUCCUGAGCCCAUGCACUUGCCUGCUAACAGCCCACAAAAGAAGUCUGUGGACAGGGGCAUGCAAACAGUAGUGUCCUGUCUGUCUAAUCCUGAGAACCAGCUGAGGAAUGACUCUCUGUCACAAGACGACAACAUAAAGGAGAGCAAAGUAUAUCACUUCCGAAAAGGAAGGACAGGAUUCAAAAGUGUUUGAUGAAUGAAGACUUUGGAGUAUCUAAAUUAAUUAAGUCGAUGUUACUACAGUUCAGCAAUACAUUCAGCAUAACAUUUCUCAAAGUUGCUUCAAGUUAAGUUUGUGUUCAUGUUCAGCCUGUUUUGAUAUAGUUCCUGUUUGGGUAAUUUGAAGUUUAAAGUUGUAAGAGUUGACAAACUUCAGUUACAUUGUUUGCAUGCUUCCCCAGUUUGUUUGCUGCAUGUGGAUUUUCUUCUGAGUUUUAACGUACACUUUGCAUAUUACACAGGUUUGCUUUAACCACAAUUUGACUCACCCUGACCAGUUAAUUUUUGCAGUUUAAAAAUGGAAAUAGUUAUUUACCCAAGAGAUUGUAUUUUAAAACUGAGUUCUUAAAUCAGGGCAAAAGAAGAUGUAACUGAGCUGAAGCCCUUCUUAAGUCCUAGUUGCCUUUAGACAACAUAGUCAAUGUGAUUAUGUUCAUUACUGACACUUUAUGUACCUGCAGUCUUGAGCAUCACUAUUGGUUUUGGGUAAGUAAUGAAGAGAAUCCUGACAUUUCUGUAUGUAACUUAAAAUGCAAGAACGUAAUUAUCUGUAUUGGCUACUCAGUAGAGUAUGAUUUUUUUAAUUAAAAAAUCCUAAAAAUAUCUGUAUGUUAAAAUUCUGAGAAAAUACUGCAUUUAAAAUAUGCUUUUGUUGUGUGAUGGAAACUGUUAAUCAAAGACUAGCUGUAAGACUAUUUUAAUAAUCAUGUAUAUUUUAGUUGUGUAUUUUGAAACAAUGAAAUAAAUUUUUAUUUUGCCUUGGCUACUUAAAUUUCUAGUGACAAAUCUAACUAAUAAUUUGGUAAAACUAUUAAAACCUUAAUACCCUGUACAAGAAUUCCAGUUACUACGAAUGUCCAAGGACUGCUUCUCAGGAGUGUUCUGGAUAAAUUUAAUUAAGGGGAGAUGGGGGACAAUGUCAGUUUACUGGUAAAGAUAAUUGUUUCUUUGCAAAUGCAGAUGUCAUUUUGACUUGAUGUUCUAGUUGAUUUGGUUGCCCUGGGCUGUGUUUAAAGCCUUAUUGUGGAGCUAUAAGAAAACACAGAAAUGCGUAUGUGUAGCUCUCAUUGAAGAAUCUCAACACCAAAAGAAGACAUAAACCUCAAGAUACCUACACAGAGUGCCCAUUUUCUGUUUAUUUGACCAAGUUUUACUCCCAGGACCAUCUGGUGAGUGAGUUGAUGGUUCGGUGUGUGUGAAAUGGUGGUGCUAGAUAGGAACUAUUCUUACAGGAAUGCUGAGAAGGUUUAUUGCAGGGAAAUACAUAGCCAAGGCCUUACAAGUGCCAUUUAUUUUCUCUUCCAUUACGUCAUGUUGUGCUGGUUUUGUUAGCCACAUCCUUAGGGAAUUGAAUUUUUUUUAUUUUUUUUAAAUUCCCGUCUUGGAGUUGUAUCUUU